CAAAUUGAUAAACGGAAACGGCGUUUGAGUGUUUCCACUUUCGAAUUCUAUGGGUCAUUUGUCUCAUUUUAUUUACUUGCAUUUAAAAAGUUCAAAGUGUCAUACCUAUUAUCUAAUUCAUAGAGACGUUUUUUAUUCAGCUAUUUUUACUUUUUUACUUAACUUUGUAUUGACACUAUGCCGGCGUCCGAAUAUUCUAAAGACACUGACCGAACUACUGACGUACAAACACACGAUGAGACACCAUUUAGCGACAUUGUAACAGACCAUCCACUCAUAUUGAAAGGUCUGUCCGAUUGUGGUUUCAUAAAUGCUUCUCCUAUACAAGUUGCUGCUCUACCAACAAUCAUUGCAGGAAAUGAUACAAUAGUGGAAGCAAAAAAUGGAACUGGAAAGACAUUAACUUUUGUUAUACCAACUUUGAUUAGACUGAAAUUAGAUCAAGAUCAUUUACAAACUAUUAUUUUGGCACCAACACGAGAAAUCGCUGUCCAAAUACAACAGUGUUUCAAAAAAGUUGGACAGCACCUGCCAGGACUGAAAUGUGAAUAUUUCAUUGGUGGUACUCCAGUUGAUGUUGACAAACAGAAGGCGAAAUCAUGUCAAAUAGCUGUUGGUUCUCCAGGACGCAUCAAACACUUACUCAAUGAACAUGUGUUAAAAUGUUCAGAAGUAAAGAGCUUUAUACUUGAUGAAGUUGAUAAAUUAUUUACUGACAAAUGUUUUACAAAAGAUGUUCGGCUGAUAGAUACUAAACUUCCAAAAUUAAAGCAAACAAUAGUUGUAAGUGCUUCAAUUGAUAAAAAUGAUAUGUCUGUUUUUGAUGAGUUCAUGAAAGAGUAUAUUAUAGUCAAGGGAGCAGAAGAAGAUAUGAAUGCAUUACAAGACCCGUCAAAGUUCCUAUUAGGUAUUCAGCAGUAUGUAGCAUGUGUUAAAGCAGUCAGUACUAAUAUAAUAUUAUUACCUGCAAAAAAUGUGCGACUUCUUAAUAUAUUAAAAAAUUUACCAUUUACUCAAUGUAUCAUAUUCACUAACUACAUGACAAGAGUUGAAGCUGUUUGUAAUAUGCUACGUGACCAUAACUAUAAAGCGGAUUAUAUUAGAGGUGAUCAAGAUCAAAGUAUUCGAUUGAAGUUAGUAGAUAGAUUAACAUCUUUUAAAUCAAAAAUACUUGUUGCCACGGAUUUGAUAGCCAGAGGAAUAGAUUCGUCAAAUGUAGACUUGGUGAUUAAUAUGGACUGUCCACAUGAUUGGGCUACAUAUCUACAUAGAAUUGGCCGAGCUGGAAGAUUUGGAAACAAAGGAAAUGCUUUUACUAUUUUGGAUGAUGACAAAGAGUUGAAAACUUUUAAACAUAUUAUUAAUAGUAUUGAAAGUAUUAAGGUUAAAAUGUUACCAAUCGCAAUAACAAAACCUAUACUUGAAUAUGCAGACAACGAGCUUGAAGAUCUUAAUUUAACUACUGAAACUGAAAUGUUACCAAUCCAAGAUACCGAAAAUGGAAUAACUAAAGAAAAUGGAAAUAAUUUAAUUGAAGAAAACUUAAAUAAGGAUAAUGAAAGUGAUUCUAUAUUUAGUACCAAUGAUAUUGAAUCAAAUGUUAGCAGUUUAUCUGAAAAGGAAUCACUACAAAAGCUUUGUGAUCUUGUUAAAGAAACUGAAAAAAAACUCAUUGAAAAUAACAUGGUUGAUAAAAAACAUUUAACUGAUGAUAGAUCCUAUGUGUUAUUUGAUCCAGAACCUUUACUUAAUAGCACUGAUCAAUACACAAAAUAUAGUCCUGAAGAUCUUUUAGAUAUUAUAAAAAACUAUGAUUCAGAUUUUGAAAAAUAUGAAGCUAGUAAAAAACUAAUGUUAAAAAACUCUACUCUCCAAACUGUUAGUGAAAAUGAGCCUUCUAAUAUAAAUCAAAUAUGUGAAAAUAAUGAUUUAAAAAAUUUAUCUAACACUACUGAUAUUAAAAUGAACAAUAUAAAUACAGAUCAGUUGUUGGAGAGUCAACAUAAACCUCUUAUUAAUAUUGAAGACGAGAAGUUAGUUAACGAAGUAUGUUCAGAAAGCAAUAUUUCAAAUGAAUCAAUUAUUGAUGACCCUAAAAUUGAUAUAAAUAAUAGUCAACGACUACGAUUCACAGACAUUUAUAGUUUAUUUCAAAUACCAGAUUUUAGCCUUUUAAAGCCGGUACAGCAUGAUAGUGAAUUUGCUCAUUUAACAGAUGCAGAUGAGAGUGAUGUGUCAACUAUGAUGUGUGAAAAGAGUAGUAAAGCUGAAGAAUUUUCGGAAGAAGAAUACUGCGACGAAGAAGAAUCUUGUGAUGAAGAAGAAUACUACGAUGAAGAAGAAUACUGCGAGGAAGAAGAAUGCUGUGAUGAAGAAGAAUACUGUGAGGAAGAAGAAUGUUGUGAUGAAGAAGAAUGCAGCGAUGAAGAAGAUUCAUGUAAUGAAGAAUACUGUGAUGAAGACAAAUACCAUGAUAAACAAGAAAAUCCCAAUGAAAAAGAAUAUUGUGAUAAUAAAAAACUAUAUGAGGAGGAAAUUGAUUUAGUAGCAGAAAAUAAAAGUUUUGAUGAACGUUAUACAAAUAAAAAUUGCUUUUAUAAUCAUAACAACCAUGGGAUACAUUUUGAGAAAGAUAGCUGUAAAUCUACACAGAAACCGUUUUGCAAUAAUAUCCAAAAAUAUAAUUUUCCUAAAACAGAAGAAAAAAAUAUUGAAAUUAAUGAUCAUCAAGUAGUAGAUUAUGAAAUUUUAAAUGACUGGUAUAGCCAGUGGAAACAGCAAAUGAAUCGUAUACAGACAUUUGUCAGGAUGAGUAAGUGAUUGUCUUGUGUAAUAAGUUAUAAAUUCAAAAGAACUGAAUGCAAAAUAUUAUUUUGUUAAGUAAAAUUUUACUCUGUAUUCUAAUUUAAAUUUUAGUUUUUUAUGUUUUGGUAAAUAGAUGAUAUUACUGAUAUUCACCAAUUUUAUAUUUAGUGUAAUAACUAAUAAUGUAUGUCAAUUUAAUUUUUUUUUUUACAAACAAUAAAACACCAAAAAAUGUA